AUGAGAAGCGAUAUUGAGCUACUGAGGAAGAACGGACUUAAGGAAGUCGACUAUCGUUGUUUGGAUCGACCAACCUAUGACUGGGCAAAAAUGAGUUCGUCACUCUUUUUCAUCGCGGGAACAUCCACAAUAGAUCCCAUGCGCUUGACAAAAUCUCCUUCUGAUGUGGGACAGACUUUGGAAUUGAAAAACCAAAGGGUGAUGAGGGGUAGAGAUGAGGAUGGAUCUAGAUCAUUGGAAGUAAAGGAGGAGCGUUGGAAAAGCAUUUGGAUAGCUUUGCAGCCGAGAAAGGUGGUGGAGGAUUCUAGCUGCCCGGUUUGUGGAUCUGGCCAAGAAACCAUUGUUCAUCUUUUUUGUACAUGCCCUUUAGCCGUUCAGGUGUGGCAUUUGUCACCUUUGCAAGUUGAUAUGAGGGCUAUACGACUCAAUUCUUUUAAUGGUUUUUGGGAUGUUAUGGAGCUUUGGUGGCAUAAUCACGCUAAUAAGGAUUGGUGUAUGUCGAUGGCUGCAGUUAUGAUGUGGUUUAUAUGGAGCUGUAGAAAUGGGGCUAUUUUUGAACAAGAGCUCUCUCUCCCUGGGAUGGUAUGUAAGCGGGCUGUGGAGUAUUUGCAAGAGUUCUUAUCUGCAAACUCCUUGGGUCCUGCGCCGGUAAUAUCGUGUGGGGAAGGAAGACUUAGUUCGUGGCAAAGGCCUCCAGCUGGUACUUUUAAGAUUAUUGUGGAUGGGUCUUGGAAGGAAAGGUUGAUGAGAGGGGGUUUUGGGGUUGUGAUCAGGGAUUUUCAAGGCUGUUUUGUUGCUGCUUCUAUGGGAUUUUUUCAGUGGUGCGCGAGUUCAUUGGUUACAGAAGCCUUGGCAAUUCGACAGGGUAUUUUGUUGGGAUCUCAGCUCGGUUUGGGGUCUGUUAUUUUGGAGAGUGAUGCUCAAUUGCUCGUGAAUAUGCUCAAUGGUCAGGCUGCAGUUAGUCAAGAGGUGGAAGUCGUUACUCAUGAUUUUCAGGUUUUGAGUAAUAAUUUCCAUUGUUGCAGUUUUACCUUUGUUCGUAGGACCGUUAAUAAUGUUGCUUAUGUUUUAGCUGGUGAAGGUUUUUGUGGUUUGGGGUAUAGUCCUUGGACUGAGUCCCCUCCGUUGUGGUUGUUUGGUCCUCUUUCUAGAGAUGAGUCUUCCGUUUGA